AUGUGGCAGGUGGGCCAGCAGCGCAGCGUCAAGCAUUAUGGGAUGCUGGAGGACUUCGUUGCCGUGGUUACGGAGGCCGUCCCACAGCUGCUGACGGACAGACAGAGGAGCGUGCUGCUGCUGGCGCUCAGAGUGACCCUGUGUGACCCCAACCAGGCCGCCAACGCCCGCCUGGACCGGAUCCGCUCCAUCUCCAUGGCAACGACUGACGCUCGGCUUGAUGAAUGCUGUUCAGCGUUUUUGAGUCUGACCGACAAACUGAAUCCGGCGGAGCGACGUCGCCUCCUUCAGGACGUUUUCGACCACAGCUUCGACUCGGCGCUGCAGUCGCUCAUAUCUGACUUCCUGUCCAGGAUCGAUCAGCUGUUUCCUGUUCCCGACCUCACACAGGCUGCUUCCUGGCUGCACGCUGCCCCCGGUGGUCUGGAGGACUGUCUGCAGGAGGCGGAGCCAGACGACCUGAGGGAGCUGCUGACCAAUCAGAGCUGUCUGCUGGGACAGGCCACGACCACAGUGGGUUGUGACACAGAGAACUUCCUCCUCUCCGCUUGGUCCCACCCCCUCUUCACUAACCCGGCCAAUCCCGACCCUCCUCCUCCUCCGGCCGACGCAGACGGCCAAUCAGAUCCUCCGGUCCAGCCGGACGUGGAGCUGGUGAAGGAGGAAGUGGUGGUGAUGACGGAGGACGAGCAGGAGGAAGAGGAAGAGCAGGAGAAGGAGGAGGAAGAGCGACUGUGA